UAAAACCUCGAACGCGCUCGCCCUUCUCGUAAACGGGAGAGGGAGAGAGAGAGAGAGAGGGGAUCAGGAAAUGGCGCAAGCUAUGGCGUCGAUGGCUGGCUUACGUGGCUCAUCUCAGGUGGUACUCGAGGGAAGUCUCCAGCUCAGCGGCUCGAGCCGGCUGGCACUGCCGGGGAACUAUAGGGUGUCCGUGGGCCGGGCCGGCCUGACGGUGAGGGCCCAGCAAGGUACGGCAGAGGGCGAGGGAGUGGGUGUGGCUCAGAGUGGGCGUCGAGCGGUGCUGGGGCUCGUAGCCGCCGGGUUUGCCGGCGGGUCAGUCGUCAAGGCCGUGCUCGCGGAGGCGAAGGGGAUCAAGGUGGGCCCACCUCCCCCACCCUCCGGUGGGCUCCCUGGGACCCUAAAUUCGGACGAGCCGAGAGACCUUGACCUUCCACUGAAGGAAAGAUUCUACCUGCAACCACUUGCUCCAGCAGAAGCUGCAGCAAGGGCGAAAGAGUCAGCAAAGGACAUUGUGAACCUUAAGGAAUUGAUAGACAAGAAGCAAUGGCCCUACGUCCAAAAUGACCUUCGUCUCAAGGCCUCUUACCUCCGCUUUGACCUAAAUACUGUUAUCUCAGCAAAGCCCAAAGAAGAGAAGAAGCCCCUCAAGGAGCUCGCUGGGAAGCUCUUUGCCACAAUUGCUGAGCUGGAUCAUGCAGCGAAGAUCAAGAAUGUACCAGAAGCCCAGAAGUACUAUGCAGAAACCAAAUCUGCCCUCAAUGAUGUCCUUGCCAAACUAGGCUAGAAGAAGGCUAUCUCUGUUGUGUAUUGUUAACCUUCUCUUUACUCUUUGUCAAUAUCAAACUAGUUAUGGACGUGAUUCCUAGUAAUAGAGUAUUCCAAAUGUUGGUUAUCUA